AAGUGCGAUUCAAGCAAAAGCAGUGGACGAGCGCACAUGGACGAUUUUACAGACUCCCAGAGUAACGAAGCUCUUACAGUGUCUUGCAGAAGCAAUGCAAGGAAAUUAAAAAGGAAAAAAUGCAAGCGUCAGUGCAAAGAGCGACCUCCCAAAAUUCUAUCUGUUUUCGAUCUUCUUAAAAAACAGUUGGUUGCACUCUACUUGAGAGAUUUCUCUCAAAUCCAGCAACACAUGCAGAGAGUGCAUCUUAUCAUCAGGACUUUUGAAGAAGAUUUCAGUCGUGCUACUGGAGCCAUUACAAAUGCAUUAAAUGCAGAAGUAGCUGGAGGGUUGAUGAUGGGUUUGGGGUUAGUUUUAGCUCCAGUUCAUCAGGGCAUUUCAGCUCUUAUCGCAGGAGUGGGAGCAGUUGUGCUUUCAGGCGCUGCGAUCAGUGAUAAUAUCUGGAGCAAGAAGAUCAUGAACCUGAAGGCAAAAUUAAUGCAGGAUGCUGAAGCUGAACUGAGGGAAUUCCAGUAUAAAAUCAGUCCUAUGAUGGACAAGAUGAAUGAAAUCAAUCAGCUUGUUUAUGAAAUAUUGAGAGACCUCAGUUACCCAGAGCGUGAUGUUGGGUAUUUAAACAAAUAUUUUUCAUCUGCCAGUGAAUUAGUGCGCUUUAUGCAGAUAUAUGACAUUAGUGCAUUGGCUGCACAGAUAAAGUCUCAGACAUCAUGUUUUAUUGGAGUCAGUUUCUUUGGAGUUCUGCCAGUUAGAAUGUCACUCCAGCAGAUGUGGAUAGAAAUGGUUCAGGUAGAGAAUGUCAUGGAAGAAAUUACAAAAACAAUAGACAGAAUAGCAAGUCAACAUGACUAAAUAAUGUAAUGUAUAUUAAUUUAUUUUUCAUAAAAAAAAAAAUGCAUUUUCUUUUUUUUUUUUUUUUUUUUUUUUUAUGAAGUCAUUUUAUGCCAAACUGCUUAAUCAGAUUAUGUGUUCCCAAAUAAGACUUGUACAUUUAAGUUUAUACAAUUUAUUACAAAGUAAAUGUAUAAUGAAUUAUCUUUAUCUUUAAAAUAGCCUUAUUUAUUUGGAUACAUUUUAGGAGAACUAAACAGGUAAAAAAAAUAACCAUAUUGUUUGCAAAUGCACAAAGAGGUACUAUUUAUAACCUACCCCAUGUUUUAUAUUGUGUGCAUGUGCAGUAUUUAUUAAGAUGGAUCAUAAGGUUUUUGGCAGAUGCGUUACUUUACGUGGAUAAAGUAAAGGUGUUAAGAGUUUUCCUGUUGCUUAAUGAACAGCUUCUUAAUGAAUCAACAUUAUAAAUAUGAAUAAGUUUGAGCUGAAAAAAAAAAAAAUUAAUAGUGUGUUCAUUGAGUCCAUCUAGUGGUGAAAAUGAUAACUAAGUAAAAAGAAGACUGAUAUAUUACUGAAACAUGCUAAAGAAUGAGUUACACUUUAAUACUACUGCUGAUGUCAACAACAUUAAACUGAAAUAUAACUAAAUGAUCUUCAGCUGUUUCUGACAUUUUCUCUUGCUGUUCUUGUAGUUCUGUGUUUGCAAACAUGUUGUGUGUAAAACAUUUUUCAAACAAGCCUUAUCUAAAGUAAUAUAUUCACUCUUGUGUUAUUGUACAUACAUUGUUUAUAUAAUCUUAGAGUAUGCCCCCCCCCCACGUGUUAACAUACUCAAUCAUGUAAAACAGCUUCUG